AUUAUUACUACAACAAAUCCUGAAAUAUAUUUUGUGAAGAUGGGAAUUAGAUACUUAGGCUUUGCAAUGUUUGUGUUUGUUUCAUGGUUUCUAGUGUUAGGGAUCACUGCUGCUGAUUCAACCUGCUCAUCACCCAAUGAUCCAACAAUAAUUUUACCAAAAUGCACAAAAUACAUCCAAAGAUUUGGCCCAAAAAUUCCACCUACUAAACAAUGUUGCGCAGCCAUGAAAAUGAUUGAUAUCUCAUGCUUCUGCCACAAUCCACCCUUUAAAUUUGAAACUAUUAUCAGCAUGAGUAGAUUUGUGUAUGCAGCUACUACUUGUGGAAUAAAAACUCCUCCACCAGGAACCAAGUGUGGAAGUUAUACUAUUCCUGCUCCUCCUCAGCUUGUUAUUCCCAAUUCUCCUCAUCCGCCUCCAUCGCCUCCAUUUCGCCGUUCUUCUCAGCUUCUUGAUCUUUGUUUUUCUCAUCAGGUUCUCGUCCCAUGCCAUGACUGUCGAUAUUCAAGACCUACAACUUCAUCAAAUAUCUUGGAAUCUAUUUCUAUGUAAUGAAUAAAUAAGUUGAUACUACAUGUUGUGUCUUUUAAAUUAUUUACUAUUGUGUUUUUUUUUAAUUUGAUUUGUAUAAUCAUGUGAUUGGAUUUCAAUAUUAAUCUCUAUUAUUAUUGGUUGAAAAAAGUUAUUACGUGUAUUUUACUGUAAUUUUUUUCCUAUAGAAAUA